GCUACGCCUCUUGAGUAACCAUUCUUCUGUUUCUUUACUUCUCUAAUAAGCUUGCCUUCACUGUACUCUGUGGACACACCCGGAAUUCUUUCUUGUGUGAGAUCCAAGAACCCUCUCUUGGGGUCUGUAUUGGGACCCCUUUCCAGGAACAUCUUCCUGGUAAACCACGAAAAGACAUUACCAGAGAGACCCUUGGCCCAAAGGAAAAUCAUCUGUGCAGCACUAAUUGGCCAACUUUGGGGCGGGUUUCUCAACGGUGACUUGUGGGCAGUGCCUUCUGCUGAGCGAGUCAUGGCCCGAAGGCAGAACUAACUGUGCCUGCAGUCUUCACUCUCAGGAUGCAGCCGAGGUGGGCCCAAGGGGCCACGAUGUGGCUUGGAGUCCUGCUGCCACUUCUGCUCUGUUCAAGCCUUGAGGGUCAAGAAAACUCUUUCACAAUCAACAGUGUCGACAUGAAGAGCCUGCCGGACUGGACGGUGCAAAAUGGGAAGAACCUGACCCUGCAGUGCUUCGCGGAUGUCAGCACCACCUCUCACGUCAAGCCUCAGCACCAGAUGCUGUUCUAUAAGGAUGACGUGCUGUUUUACAACAUCUCCUCCAUGAAGAGCACAGAGAGUUAUUUUAUUCCUGAAGUCCGGAUCUAUGACUCAGGGACAUAUAAAUGUACUGUGAUUGUGAACAACAAAGAGAAAACCACAGCAGAGUACCAGGUGUUGGUGGAAGGAGUGCCCAGUCCCAGGGUGACACUGGACAAGAAAGAGGCCAUCCAAGGCGGGGUCGUGAGGGUCAACUGUUCUGUCCCAGAGGAAAAGGCCCCAAUACACUUCACAAUUGAAAAACUUGAACUAAAUGAAAAAAUGGUCAAGCUAAAAAGAGAGAAGAAUUCUCGAGACCAGAAUUUUGUGAUACUGGAAUUCCCCGUUGAGGAACAGGACCGCAUUUUAUUCUUCCGAUGUCAAGCUAGGAUCAUUUCUGGGAUCCAUAUGCAGACCUCAGAAUCUACCAAGAGUGAACUGGUCACCGUGACGGAAUCCUUCUCUACACCCAAGUUCCACAUCAGCCCCACCGGAAUGAUCAUGGAAGGAGCUCAGCUCCACAUUAAGUGCACCAUUCAAGUGACUCACCUGGCCCAGGAGUUUCCAGAAAUCAUAAUUCAGAAGGACAAGGCGAUUGUGGCCCACAACAGACAUGGCAACAAGGCCGUGUACUCAGUCAUGGCCAUGGUGGAGCACAGUGGCAACUACACGUGCAAAGUGGAGUCCAGCCGCAUAUCCAAGGUCAGCAGCAUCGUCGUCAACAUAACAGAACUAUUUUCCAAGCCCGAACUGGAAUCUUCCUUCACACAUCUGGACCAAGGUGAAAGACUGAACCUGUCCUGCUCCAUCCCAGGAGCACCUCCAGCCAACUUCACCAUCCAGAAGGAAGAUACGAUUGUGUCACAGACUCAAGAUUUCACCAAGAUAGCCUCAAAGUCGGACAGUGGGACGUAUAUCUGCACUGCAGGUAUUGACAAAGUGGUCAAGAAAAGCAACACAGUCCAGAUAGUCGUAUGUGAAAUGCUCUCCCAGCCCAGGAUUUCUUAUGAUGCCCAGUUUGAGGUCAUAAAAGGACAGACCAUCGAAGUCCGUUGCGAAUCGAUCAGUGGAACUUUGCCUAUUUCUUACCAACUUUUAAAAACAAGUAAAGUUUUGGAGAAUAGUACCAAGAACUCAAAUGAUCCUGCGGUAUUCAAAGACAACCCCACUGAAGACGUCGAAUACCAGUGUGUUGCAGAUAAUUGCCAUUCCCACGCCAAAAUGUUAAGUGAGGUUCUGAGGGUGAAGGUGAUAGCCCCGGUGGAUGAGGUCCAGAUUUCUAUCCUGUCAAGUAAGGUGGUGGAGUCUGGAGAGGACAUUGUGCUGCAAUGCGCUGUGAAUGAAGGAUCUGGUCCCAUCACCUAUAAGUUUUACAGGGAAAAGGAGGGCAAACCCUUCUAUCAAAUGACCUCAAAUGCCACCCAGGCAUUUUGGACCAAGCAGAAGGCUAGCAAGGAACAGGAGGGAGAGUAUUACUGCACAGCCUUCAACAGAGCCAACCACGCCUCCAGUGUCCCCAGAAGCAAAAUACUGACAGUCAGAGUCAUUCUUGCCCCAUGGAAGAAAGGACUUAUUGCAGUGGUUAUCAUCGGAGUGAUCAUUGCUCUCUUGAUCAUUGCGGCCAAAUGUUAUUUUCUGAGGAAAGCCAAGGCCAAGCAGAUGCCAGUGGAAAUGUCCAGGCCAGCAGUACCACUUCUGAACUCCAACAACGAGAAAAUGUCAGAUCCCAAUAUGGAAGCUAACAGUCAUUACGGUCACAAUGACGAUGUUGGAAACCAUGCAAUGAAACCAAUAAAUGAUAAUAAAGAGCCUCUGAACUCAGACGUGCAGUACACGGAAGUUCAAGUGUCCUCAGCUGAGUCUCACAAAGAUCUAGGAAAGAAGGACACAGAGACAGUGUACAGUGAAGUCCGGAAAGCUGUCCCUGAUGCUGUGGAAAGCAGAUACUCUAGAACGGAAGGCUCCCUUGAUGGAACUUAGACAGCAAGGCCAGAUGCACAUCCCUGGAAGGACAUCCAUGUUCCGAGAAGAACAGAUGAUCCCUGUAUUUCAAGACCUCUGUGCACUUAUUUAUGAACCUGCCCUGCUCCCACAGAACACAGCAAUUCCUCAGGCUAAGCUGCCGGUUCUUAAAUCCAUCCUGCUAAGUUAAUGUUGGGUAGAAAGAGAUACAGAGGGGCUGUUGAAUUUCCCACAUACCCUCCUUCCACCAAGUUGGAACAUCCUUGGAAAUUGGAAGAGCACAAGAGGAGAUCCAGGGCAAGGCCAUUGGGAUAUUCUGAAACUUGAAUAUUUUGUUUUGUGCAGAGAUAAAGACCUUUUCCAUGCACCCUCAUACACAGAAACCAAUUUUCUUUUUUAUACUCAAUCAUUUCUAGCGCAUGGCCUGGUUAGAGGCUGGUUUUUUCUCUCCUCCUUUGGUCCUUCAAAGGCUUGUAGUUUUGGGUAGUCCUUGUUCUUUGGAAAUACACAGUGCUGACCAGACAGCCUCCCCCUGUCCCCUCUAUGACCUCGCCCUCCACAAAUGGGAAAACCAGACUACUUGGGAGCACCGCCUGUGAAAUACCAACCUGAAGACACGGUUCAUUCAGGCAACGCACAAAACAGAAAAUGAAGGUGGAACAAGCACAGAUGUUCUUAAACUGUUUUUGUCUACACUCUUUUUCUUUUCCUCUACCAUGCUGAAGGCUGAAAGACAGGAAGAUGGUGCCAUCAGCAAAUAUUAUUCUUAAUUGAAAACUUGAAAUGUGUAUGUUUCUUACUAAUUUUUAAAAAUUUAUUCCUUGCCAGGGCAGGCAAGGUGGCUCACGCCUGUAAUCCCAGCACUUCAGGAGGCUGAGGUGGGCGGAUCACCUGAGGUCAGGAGUUUGAGACCAGCCUGAUGAAACCCUGUCUCAACUAAAAAUACAAGAAUUAGCCGGGCGUGGUGGCGCAUGCCUGUAGUAUCAGCUACUCAAGAGGCUGAGGUGAAAUUAUCGCUUGAACCCAGGAAACGGAGGUUGUAGUGAGCGGAGAUCGCACCACUGCACUCCAGCCUGAGUGACAGAGUGAGAAUCCAUCUCAAAAAAAACAAAAAACAAAAUUGCUUGCUAAAGAAGUGGUCUCCUGAGGUCUUAAGACAUUCCUGACAGUGUCUUGAGUGGGUGGGAGAGAGGCUGCUGUCAUUGCGCUGUGGAAUUUCACAGAUGAGAACCACGCCUAGCCAAAAUCACUUUUCCUGUUUGCCUCAGUGACACAGCUGCAGGGACCCUCGUGGAUGUUGUAUUAAAUAAAUUUGACCUUUACUCUUUGCA